AUGGAGAAAAACCUUUUAGAAUCGUUAAAUAAUUUUAUUGACAAAAAAAAUUCAAAAAAAAACCUAUCAGAUAAUAUCAUUAUCCCUCGAGUAAAGGAUGAAGACAUAGUUUAUCACUUGACAUUUUUAUCAAUUUCAUUUAAGUCAAUUUUUCAAGGAUCAUUGACCAAUACUGGUGUACAAUUAUAUAAUAGUGAUAACAAGCGUCUGAUAUUAUGUUCUCAAAAUUUUUAA